CCUAUGAUUUUGACUUUAUUUAUUCCGCGAAAAACUGGUUGUUAUUCAGGCUCCUGUUUGUGAUGCAUAAGUUUAUUUAACAAAUUUGUAUUUUUUGCUUUCAUGUAAAUUUGUGAAAUGGAAGACAUAGAACGUUUUAUAAAGAUUAUGCAGCAAAAAAGACUCGUCAACCAACGCGAAUUGGAACGUCUUGAUGAACCAUCUGACGAACAUAAGAAAUUAAUGAAAGAGUUACAAGACUUGAAAAGGGAAAGACAACUAUCCAAGGAGAAUAUUAUAAAACAUCUUGGUAUAAUUACUGGGCACAAACAUUCUAUAUACAAACUUGUACAAUCUUCAAAGAAUAUUUCAGGCCUACCUGUUCCACAUGAUUAUGCACAAGACCUGACAGUAAUGUUCACCGAUGCAAUAGAAUUCUUGAAUAACAUAGGAGAUACUUAUAAAGCAUUCACUAAUGUUAAGGAAAAUAAUAUGGAUAUUUUGCAGCUUACUCACAAUGUGGAAACAUGUGUCAAAAGUGUAGAAGAUGAAUUAUAUCAAAUAAAACAUAAUAUUGCACAAUUAGAAACAUUGAAAGAAAAUAUAGCAGAACUUCAACAAUGCAUCAUAGACACUAACGACAAAAGCAUGACUUUAAUUAGUGAUGAAUCAACAGAUAGUGGAACAACUAUAUAAUAAUAUAUUAAUAUUUAUUGUCCAUUAGAGAACACAAAAUAUCAAACAAAGGUUUUUCAAUUUGACUUGACAUUGUGUUCAAAGAAAAUAAUCCUAAAGGGUCAUUAAUAAUUUCUGAGGUUCUUUUGCCUCGACGUGGCUCUCUUGUUCCAAAGGCUGUUGGUGCAUAAGUUGAGUGCUGUGAUUGUAUCCUAGGUCCUUCAGUUGCAUGCUGUGUAAUUCCUUGUUCAAUCUGUACAGAUUUUUUACUAACAUUUGAUUCUUUUGAUGGUGACAUGUGCAAUGUAUUUCCAAAUAAAUCUUGCAUCAAUGACAG